UAAACUUCAGCUGUCAAUAAAUGACAAUUAAAACCUAAUAUUGUCAUUGCCUUGUAUUAUAUUAUUUGAUAUAUAUAACAAUGAAAUAGAAAUGCACACAGUGGGUUUACCACGAACUUGCCUCGGUUUUACCAAUGUGUUAUUCUUUAUAUUUGGUUUAGUUGUUUGCGUUAUUUGCGUAUGGUGCGCCAUUAACACUGAAUUCUUCCAGGACGUCAACUUUACUGUCACUAAAAGUACACUAGUUGGUUCCAUAGCAAGUUUUGUAAACCUUAAGCUAUGGCUUACACCAUUAACAUCAUUCCUUAUUCCUAUAUCCGUACUGACUAUGAUCACAUCUUGUUGUGGCAUUUUAGGCGCGGGCUGUAAAGUUCGAUGUGCUAUAAAAUCCUAUAUUUUCUUCGUGACUGCCCUUUCCUCUAUAGCUGUCUGGGUAUUCUUUAUAUCUGGUAUCUAUAAUAUUUACGCGCGAAACGAAAAAACAAGAUAUUAUUUACAAUCUACUUUACAAAUGUUUUAUGGAAAAGAUAAUGAUUUUAUAACAUCCAUAUGGGAUUAUGUUAUGGUGAACUACCAGUGCUGUGGCGUCAAUGGCUACCAAGAUUUUGCUUCGUCACCCUGGCAAAAGAUAAAUACAGAUAAGUUUUUCCCCGUGCAAUGUUGUCAACUAGAAAAUAAACAAGUUCUCAUACCCGUAUCUAAAGAUUGCUCUUUGACUGAUGAUCCCGAAGUGAAAUCUUAUAAAGACAUUGGAUGUUUUUAUGCUGUGAGACAAUCUAUUAUCAAAAAUAAAGCAAUAAUCAUAUUUUACGUCAUGCUCUUGAUUAUGUUCUACACAAUCCUGAUACUAUUUGCUUAUUGUAUAAUAAGAGGGGAGCCACUGUUGGGAGCCUUGGCUGGGAAGUUUACAAGAUUAUUGCCGUCGAGAAAUUGGGAAAAUACACAGCAAAAUGAAAUGGUGAUAAACCCCAGUGCUCCAGCUGAAAAUAUUAUAUACGCGGACGAGCCACCUAAGAAGGUUGUAAGGGUGGUGUCCGCAGUAAAUCCAUUCCAAACAUACAAAUUUGCACCAAAUGCGUACAAUAGUGGUGACAACGUGUACCAACAACAUAGUAGGUCACAAAUGUAG